AUGCUUACUCCUUAUCUUUUGGGGCUUUGUCUUGAUUCUAUACAACAUGAUGCAGGGGCAUCCAUAGAGGGAGGGGCCCCCUUCGGGGGCCCCUCCCUCCUAGGUGGUCUAGGAGGCCCCCUAGGUGGGGGCCCCCUUGGGGGCCCCCUAGGGGGCCUCCUAGGGGGCCUCCUAGGGGGGAGAAGGGUACGAUUAAUUGCUGCAGCACUAACAACAUUUAUUGUUGGGGCUUUGAGUAGCGCAUGCAGAACACAACAAUUAGAGAAGGCAGAAGAAGAAAUAUUAAUGAGGUUAAGGAGUUCUGUCUCGUGUAAAUUAAUGUACUACAAAAAGAAUAAAAAAAAACAGCAGCAACAGCAGCAACAGCAGCAGCAGCAAGAGCCGCGAUUAAAACGUGUUCGUGCUGCUCGUCAAUUAUUAGAGGAUGAAUGGACAGCAGCAGCAGCAGAACGUUUGCAUGCAUAUGCUGCAGUGUAUAUACAUCAGCAGCAGCAGCAAGAGAUGCAGCGUGCAUUUCGGGUGUCUAGGCAGAUCCGUCCUGCACAUUUAGCAUCUUUUUUAUGUUAUUCUGUGUUAUUAUCUGCUGGUUGUUAUGGUUUAUCUUCCUUGGGGGGAGAAAUUGCUAAGGGAAGAGCAGCAGCAGCAAGGAUAUUAGAUGCCCUUACUCCUGCUAUUCUUUAUCAGCAGCAGCAGCAGCAGCAGCAGCAGGGAGGGAAGAAGGAAGAGGAGGAGGAGAAAGAAGAGGAGAAAAAACCACUGCAGCAGCAGCAGCAGCAGCAGCAGCAGCAGCAGCAGCAGCAGCAGCAGCAGCAGCAGCAGCAGCAGCAGCGGGAGUUUUCUUUGGCGAAUUUUAGAGGAGAAAUAGAAUUUCAUAACGUAACAUACCUCUAUAACACCGCCACAAGCAGCAGCAGCAGCAGCAGCAGCAGCAGCAGCAGCAGCAGCAUGACGAGCAACAGCAGCAAUA